AGUCGAGCGCGCGCCGCGCACUAUGAGUGACGUUGAUAAGUUACGCGUUUUCCCGCCAAAACGCGCUCAACUUUCCGAUUGGCCGAUCGAACGAGCCUGCCAGUGUUAGUUAUAAAAACUUUUUGUGAUCAUAGUGUUAAACUUUUUCUUUUCCAAAAAAGUUUAUAAUGUGUGUGAUUUUUCAUUGUGUUGUGAUGGCGUAAGCUGCGAUAAAUCGGUAGUGGAGAUCGAGUGCAACGAGACAACGAAAAAAGUGUUAAUUAAAAAAUAAAAUUCUGUGACACAGUGCUAGUGUGCCUUCGCCCAUAAUUUGAAUUUCGAAUCUGUUUUAAUUCAGUGCUGGAAGUGAACAACGAGUGUUUCUGAAUUAAAAAAUAUUUUGUGUAUUAAAAAUUGUGAAGCAAAAUUGCCAGUUGUUUUUAGUGAAGUAUCGUGUUGUAUUGUGCUGACUCGUGUAUGAUGAGUUCAGAGUAUGGAUGAACCCAAAACCAUACAUAAGACCUGCGUAAGGGUCAACUCCGCUGACGAUGAGGAGUCCAGAGACGAAGUUGACUAUGAUUUGCCAAAGAAGAAUCCUUUUGUUCGAGGGUCAGAUCCUCGUGUGGCCACUUGCCGUGGCCGACUGCAGACUCGCAGGUGCCAGCUCAACCAGGAGAUCAACAAGGAGUUGCGGCUGCGCGCCGGCGCUGAAAACCUGUUCAAGGCUACAACAAACCGGAAGCUUAGAGAGACGGUGGCACUGGAACUGAGCUUCGUGAAUUCAAAUCUUCAGCUGUUGAAAGAACAAUUAGCAGAGUUGAAUUCCUCGGUGGAACUAUAUCAGAAUGAUAGUAAAGAAUGCGUGAUGCCCAUGAUUCCUUUGGGCCUGAAGGAGACCAAGGAGGUGGAUUUCAGAGAGCCAUUCAAGGAUUUCAUAAUGGAACAUUACAGCGACGACCCGGCCGCCUACGAAGACGCAAUCUCUGAUUUCAUGGAUAUGAGACAAGCGAUGCGCACCCCAGUCCGGUCCUCAGCCGGAGUAGCCCUUCUCUUCAAAUACUACAACCAGCUGUACUACAUAGAGAGGCGGUUCUUCCCACCGGACCGUUCACUCGGCGUAUACUUCGAAUGGUUCGAUUCGCUUACAGGAGUCCCGUCGUGCCAGCGAACAGUGGCUUUCGAGAAAGCUUGUGUCCUGUUCAACAUGGCUGGCAUUUACACACAGAUAGGCGCUAAACAGGAGCGCAACACAUGCGCAGGAUUAGACGGAGCGGUCGACGCUUUGCUUCGUGCGGCCGGAACGUUGAGAUACAUCCACGAGAACUUCACAAACGCGCCAUCUGUCGACUUGGCGGCUGACACGCUCCUAGUGUUGGGAGCAUUAAUGACGUCGCAAGCGCGUGAAUGCCUGUUCGAAAAGCUGCAGUUACAAGCGCGCGAGGCGUGCCGCGAGCGUGAACUGUGCGACGACCUCGACAUGUGCCUCGACUUAGCGCAGGAGAGUGCGCAUCUAGCGCAUACCUACCACCAGCUCUACGAGAAGAUGCAGACCGAAGGUGUAUUCAGCUAUGUGCCAUAUUCAUGGGUCUCUCUGGUCCACGUUAAGACUGAAUUUUAUAAAGCGUUGGCGCACCAAUACUGCGCCACGGGUUUGCUGAAUGCAUCUGCGGGACCUCGCACCAGGGAACGUCUAGCUGCUCUGUAUUCUCCGGCGGGUGACAGAAGUGUCGAUAAUGGGUCUGCAAUGACGCCAUCGCUGAAAGACCAAGACUUGGACCUCAUGGCAUUAGGACGAGCACACCUAUCAGAAGCUUUGGCGUUAUACGAGGAAGCUUUAAGAUUACAGAGGAUGUGCAGAGAGUUGCGUGGUAAAGAGGCGUUAUCGCGAGCGGUACGAGCAGCUCUAGAGCGUGCGUCGUCGGCGCGUGCGCAAUCACGAGAACCUGACUUCAGCGAACUGGUGGACGCUCCUAGAGUACUACCAUCAUCUAAGUUCCAACUGGCCCUCACAGCUCCUGACUUCGCACAGCAUCGAGUAGACGAUCUAUUCAAAGCAUUAGGUCCAAUAGCUGUCUUCUCAGCGAAGAGACAUUGGAGUGCACCCAGACUAGUACAACUCCAAAGAAACGGCGACAGACGCCGAGAAUCUUCCAGAAGGAACCGCACAGACUACAUAGAAGAUCUGAAGAAGAGAAACGAAAAAAGAGACAGAUCAGAAGACAACACAACUUACUACAACCAAAUAAUAAGAAGCGACGAGAAAUACACCGACGAUUAUGAAAACAAAAAGAAAUUGAACAGAGUCACUAAACAAAAUGGCGUCUAUAUUAAUAGUUACAAUAAUAACAAUUACGAUUAUCAUCCGAAAGUUCUAGAUUACGAUAACAAAUAUGAAUAUAGAAAUAAAAUCAAUGAAAGUUACGUUAAAACGUCGACGGAGAAUGGUCUUAAUAAGUUGGAUAGGGAUUACGCUAAUGGGAAAGUGAAAAAUGGAAGAGAGAAGAGGAAGAGUGAUUUGAGGAGAGCGGCGAGCGAAUACAACGUGGCGACAAAUAGUAGUGAUGAAGGCUUCGGAUUUUCAGUGAGAGGUGAUGCUCCAGUCGUGAUAGCUGCAGUGGAACCAAAUUCAUUGGCUGAUAUCGGUGGUAUGAGGGAGGGCGACUUCAUAAUAUCUAUAGGCGAUAAAGACGUGAAGUGGAGUUCACACGAGGACGUCGUGAGAUUAAUACAGAACGCCGGCGACACGCUCACGUUACGACUCGCCACGCCUAUGGACAAGGCUUUACUUAAGGCAUCUCCAGAAACGCCUCGUCAGUCAAACUCCAAUCAGGGUUCAGUAUCGGCCGCGUCUACAGCUUCCAGCGGCUCCACGGCCGUAACUGCCCGAUCAUCUGCGCGUCGGCCGCCUUCUUGGAAUCCAUUUCGACGUCACACCACUCGCGACAACAGUUCGCAUCGCGGCUCACAUACAAGCAACGUAAUUUUCAGAUAA